GAUGCAUGGAUAGCGUCCAUGUCGCUGCGCAGCGAUUUUCUUGGGCAUGCGACUGACUGCGCGGCCAAUGCAAGGCGGAGCCCUCGCAGCGCUGCCGCUAUGCCUCCUGCUGUGGACUGCCUGCUGGGCUGCAUGCGCGCGUGGCAUGACAGAUGAGACAAUUGCCGACUUGAGACAAGAGACACGCGACAUCUUCUACCACGGGUUCGACAACUACAUGAACCACGCCUUCCCGGAGGACGAGCUGCGCCCACUGACCUGCGGGCCCCUCACGCGCGACCGCCAGAACCCCGCCCACAUCGAAGUCAACGAUGUCCUGGGCAACUAUUCCCUCACCCUGGUAGACAGCCUGUCCACGCUCGCCAUCUUCGCAUCCACGUCCCCGCCGCACAGCCGUGGCGGGAACAAGCACGCGGGCAGCAGGCUCGCGGGCAGCAAGCUCGCGGGCAACAAAGCGCUCGACGAUUUUCAAGAUGGAAUCAAGGCACUGGUUGACCACUACGGAGACGGGACCCCAGGCCCGGGCGGGGCAGGGAAGAGGGCACGGGGGUUCGACCUGGACAGCAAGGUGCAAGUCUUCGAGACGACCAUCCGCGGCGUCGGCGGCCUGCUGAGCGCGCACCAGUUUGCUGUCGGAGACCUGCCCAUUCGAGGCUACCAGGCCAAAGUCGAGGUGCGCAAGGCCAGGCAGGGCAUCUUCUGGCCCAACGGUCUCGUCUACGACGGGCAGCUGCUGCGACUGGCCACCGACCUCGCGAACCGGCUCUUGCCCGCCUUCCACACGCCCACCGGCCUCCCGUACCCGCGCGUGAAUCUGCGGCAUGGCGUGCCCUUCUAUGCCGAUUCGCCCCUCAACAUGGACCCUGAGCACGGCCAGUGCAGCACACACCCAAACGACAAGCCCGCUGAGAUCACCGAGACCUGCAGUGCUGGCGCUGGGAGUCUCGUCCUCGAGUUCACCACGCUCAGCAGACUGACAGGCGACCCCAAGUACGAGAAGGUCGCAAAGGAUGCCUUCUGGGCUGUCUGGCACCGUCGCAGUAGCAUUGGCUUGCUUGGCGCUGGCAUCGACGCAGAGACCGGGCAGUGGGUGUCCCCGUACACGGGCAUUGGGGCAGGCAUCGACAGCUUCUUCGAGUACGCUCUGAAGACGCACAUCCUCCUCUCAGGACUCCCAUACGACCCUGCCAACGCCAGCGUGGACUCGCCAGAUGCGUUUCUGCUGGCCUGGGAAGAAGCACAUGAUGGCAUCAAGCGACAGAUUUACCGUGGCGCCCAGCAUCAGCAUCCCCACUAUGCCCAGGUCGACCUCUACACGGGAGCGUUACGGGCCUUCUGGAUCGACAGCUUGAGCGCCUUCUACCAGGGCCUGCUCGCCAUGGCUGGCUACAUCGACGAGGCCGUCGAGACACACCUCUUGUACACGGCGCUUUGGACUCGGUACUCCGCUAUGCCGGAAAGAUGGUCGACCGCGACCGGCAACAUCGAGCAUGGCCUGCGCUGGUGGGGUGGCAGACCAGAGUUCAUCGAGUCCACCUGGUACCUCUAUCACACCACCAAGGACCCGUGGUACCUCCACGUUGGCGAGAUGACUCUUCGCGAUAUCAAGAGGCGUUGCUGGACCAAGUGCGGAUGGGCUGGCCUACAAGACAUUCGCACCGGUGAACUGAGCGACCGGAUGGAGAGCUUCUUCCUGGGCGAGACCGCAAAGUAUCUCUUUUUGCUCUUCGAUCCAUCGCAUCCGCUGAACACGUGGGACGCGCCGUACGUCUUCACCACUGAAGGACAUCCACUCGUUAUACCGAGGCGUCUGCGCCCAGCGGAACCGCAGCGACAACAAGGCCCCCAGUUCGAGUGGCAGCCAGCACCUGCAACAUGUCCUCUACCGCCCGCCAUCCUACCAUUCAGCAUUUCUGCCACAGCUGCACGACCAGACGUCUUCCACGCUGCCAGUCUUGCUCGUUUGCACCUCAUGCCCACGGUCGAGACGGUCGAGUCAGCACUCAUUGAGUUCAACUCCGCUCACCCAAGCAUAUCUAUGGCUGACGUUCGGUCGCCUUCGAACUACACCUACUACCCCUGGACUUUGCCGUUGGAGUACAUACCCAAGAACGCAAUGAGCUCGCCCUUGGCCAUGCGCACGACAUUCGAUCUAUCCUUCCCCAACAUGCCCAACAGCCCACAACUCGGCACCAUGCAGCGCAUGCCCGAAGGCAUCCUAGUUAACUCCAUGAGCGGUCUCCGCCUCGGCAUGGUCCGCGAGCACGACCAGCUCAUCGAGAUGAACGAACACUUCCGCAUCUAUGCAAUCUCGAACGUAGCUCUGGGUCGUGACGAGAAGGUCUUCAUGUCUCGCGCCACGAUUGAAAGCUUCAACCCACUCGAUCCCUACUUCACUCGCACCCGCGAUGCUCACACCCUCGACCUUGUCAUCGACGUUCCCCCUGCCCCAGCAGCACCUUCAUCAGACAUGUUGUCUUCACUGCUCGACGUCGCACUCGGCGAAAUCGGAAACCUCACAGGCCUCGACAUCGUCGACGCCCUCGACGACAUGGACGCCCACCCCGAAGCCCUCGAAGACGAGCCUUCCUAUCUAUCAAACCUCCUGUCGUCCCUGCAGAACCUGCUCACCGCUCCGUCUCCCACCGGCACAUCUUACACACCCAUCCAACAAACCACGACACGCCACGCCGUCGCCGGUACUUUACCUAUCGGUGUCGGCGCAGCUCCGUUGCCGGAUACGAAAGACCCAGACCUCGCAUACAGCGCCGCGAAUCCGCUCGUGUGGAGCAAGAUAUACGUCCACUCCACCAACCUCUGUGACGACCGUCUCCCGCUUGAAGUAGCGAAGGAGAAUCAAGUCGUUGUCGUGCCAAGGGGGGGCUGUUCGUUCUCGCAUAAGCUGCGAAACAUCCCCACCUACCCGCCUGAUGCUGGAAGCCUGCAGCUCGUCAUCGUUGUCAGCUUUCCUGAGCAACAAUCACCGCCGACGACUUCGUCCAGCAAACGGGAAAGGGACCGGAAGACGGGUGAGGGUGAGGGCGUGGGCCCGCUUGUUCAGCCGCUCUUGGAUGAAGAGCAGUAUACGCCGGGUGGGCUGUUGAGACCGCACCCUAUCCCGCUUAUCAUGGUCGAUGGAGGGCAAGAAACUAUCGAUAUGCUCAAGCGUGCGAGUGGGGUUGGCGUGAGGAGGCGGUACUACUUCAGGACGCAGGGAGUGAGGAUCGGGAACCUCAUCGUCCUAUAAAGUCGUGGAGAAAGAAAAAGAGAGAGAUAGAUAGAUAGACUCACGUUAGCCCUGGGAGAGGCGAUCUGUAUGCAGUAUACUUCCGUGUUGUUCGAUACCAG